CCCAAGCCGCCCUGGUGGACUCACUCACUUGGGCCAGGUGGACCAGAUCUAGCUGUGCGACCUGGAAGUCGAAGGAGAGAAAAGAAAAAGGGCAGCGACGGACUCCAGCCCUCGUCUUUCCUCCUUCCCAAUUGCUAUGAGGCAUUUGUUUUUCCCAGGGUUGCAGAAGAGGCUUUUCUCACCCGUCCCCCCACUCCCCUCCACCUCCUCCCCACCCGACUUCAGAAGAGAGCUGCUGGAGACCCAGGAUGUGCGGUCAGAGUCUGUCUUGCCAGUCCAAUUCAGCUGAAGCUUCUGGGUCCCCCUAUUGACUUUUGACUCCCAAGGCGGGGAGGACCUAACCGGUCCUUGGGGCCUCUUGUGGACUGUGAACUGGAAAAUCCUCUUCGAGCUACUUGCUCCCUUUCCUGUCCUUGGCACUGGAUAAUACAGACCAGAGUCUUGUAGCGAGGGGGUGAUUCGGUAGCCUGCCUCUGUUUUCUUUCUUUCCUCCAGCAGACGUCAAAAGCAGACAUGGGCUGUUUUUGUGCCGUCCAGGAAGAAUUUUAUUGCGAAGUUUUGCUCUUGGAUGAGUCUAAGUUAAUUCUCACAACCCAACAGCAAGGGAUCAAGAAGUCAACGAAAGGUUCUGUUGUCCUUGACUACAUAUUCCAUCACAUAAAUCUAGUGGAGAUAGAUUAUUUUGGACUGCGUUACUGUGACAGAAACCAUCAGACGUACUGGCUGGAUCCUGCAAAAACCCUUGCAGAGCAAAAAGAACUAAUAAACACUGGCCCUCCAUAUACUUUUUAUUUUGGCAUCAAAUUCUAUGCUGAAGAUCCCUGUGUACUCAAAGAAGAAAUAACCAGAUAUCAAUUUUUUUUGCAGGUGAAGCAAGAUGUGCUACAAGGGCGACUGCCCUGUCCAAUCAACAUUGCUGCUCAGCUGGGAGCAUACGCUCUCCAAUCUGAACUUGGAGAUUAUGACCCAUAUAAACACACUCCAGGAUAUGUGUCUGAGUACCGAUUUGUUCCAGAUCAAAAGGAAGAACUUGAAGAUGCCAUAGAACGAAUACACAAAACUCUAAUGGGUCUAGUACCUUCUGAGGCAGAAAUAAAAUACUUGGGAAUUGCCAAAUCCCUGGAAAUGUAUGGAGUUGACCUCCAUCCUGUCUAUGGAGAAGGCAAGUCUGAAUAUUUCUUAGGUUUAACUCCUGUGGGUGUGGUUGUCUACAAGAAUAAGAAACUAGUAGGGAAAUAUUUCUGGCCGCGAAUUACAAAAGUUCACUUUAAAGAGACCCAAUUUGAACUCAGAGUGCUGGGAAAAGAUUGCAAUGAAACCUCAUUCUUUUUUGAAGCCCCAAGUAAAAGUACUUGCAAGCAUCUCUGGAAGGGUUGCGUUGAGCAUCAUACAUUCUUUAGAAUACCAGAGAAUGAAUCAAAUUCUUUGUCAAGAAAACUCAGCAAGUUUGGUUCCAUGAGUUAUAAACACCGAUACAGGACAGCAUUACAAAUGAGCCGAGAUCUUUCUGUUCCUCUCCCCCGGCCCAAUCAGAAAGUAGAAAGAAGUCGAAGCAAGACAUACCCUAAGAGAACAGCACAAAUACAGCCAUCAGGAUCAAACAGUAUAAACCAGGUUACUGCAAAUAUGGAAAAUGGAGUAAAUGAAGGAACCACCAAAAUUAUUGCACCCCUGCCAGUUAAAAGCUUUAAGAAGUCAAAAUUUGAAAAUAGCCCUGAAACCCAAAGAAGCAAAACAAAUGCACCAUGGGAGGAAAAUGGACCCCAGGGAGGACUGUACAAUUGUUCCAGUGACCGUAAUAAAUCACCAAAGUUCCCUUAUUCCCGGAGACGAAACCCAUCUGGCAGUAGUGACCAUGAGCCUGGACAGCCGAUUAGGAGAAGGAAAGCACGUAACAGUGGUGAAGACUCAGAUCUAAAGCAAAGGAGAAGGUCUCGCUCACGCUGUAACACAAGUAGUGGUAGUGAAUCUGAAAAUUCUAAUAUAGAACAUCAGAAAAAGAAAAACAGGUUAAGGCAGGAGAAUGGCAUGGUUGAUUCAGUGCCUCAGUGGGAAGCGGCAUUGAGGCAUCAGAAGGAAAAGAACGAAGCCAACCCCAAUAACCGGCGAUCCAGACACCGAUCACGCUCGAGAAGCCCAGAUAUCCAAGCAAAGGAAGAGCUGUGGAAACAUAUUCAGAAAGAACUUGUGGAUCCUUCGGGAUUGUCAGAAGAACAAUUAAAAGAGAUUCCUUACACCAAAAUAGAGACUCAAGGAGACCCAGUUCGCAUUAGGCAUUCUCACUCCCCUCGAAGUUACCGCCAGUACCGCAGAUCCCAGUGUUCGGAUGGAGAGAGAUCAGUUCUGUCUGAAGUGAAUUCAAAGACUGAUCUUGUGCCACCACUUCCUGUGACUCGGUCUUCAGAUUCACAGUGUUUUACUGGUUCUACUUCCUAUCAGAUCAGAAUCGGGUCUAAAGACAGCCUCAUACAAGAAAAAUCUCAGCUAUCUACAAGCAACUUGGAUGGAAAACACAGCACAAAGAUAAUAAAGACCAUACAAACAUCCCACUUCAAAACAGACACUUGAUCUGACAAACUACCAGUAUUGUUCCUUUGUAUCUGCAAAUUAUGCCAUUACUACCUUAAUCCAAUGCUACAAUGUACAAGAUCUUUCAAGUGUCAGUAUGUCUGGGUUUAAAGGCCUGAGAAAUUUCGAAGUUGGGAAGACUACUAUCAAUAACCAAGGCCAGAUGCUUCAGAAAUGGCCCUACUACUUCGGGGCUCUUCUCCCAACUUAAAACUGAACUCCUGAACA